AUGUGCUGUUAUAAUAAUUUUAUAAUUGAAACAGAAAAAGGACCAAUAAAUGUAUACUUUGAAAAACAAAGUAGGUUGUAUUGCUUGGUUCAUACAACAAACAAUAUAUUGCAAGCUCAUGUAUAUUACCCUAAUGAUUUUAUACAAUUUGAAAGCAAAUUAAAUUAUGAUAGUUUAGAAAUAAAUGAAUUAAAAGAUAAUAAUGAUAAAAGUUCAGAAGGCAAAUAUUCAUUUGAUAUGAAAAGAGAAGAUAAACUUAGAUAUAAUAAUAUUUUCUCUUAUUUUAAAAAAAGUAUUCAUUAUUUUGGAAAUUUUAAUAUAAAUAUUUUAUAUUUCUUGAUGAACAAACAUAACAUAGAAUUAUGUUGGGUUGAUAAUAAGGAAAUACUUAAAAAAAUAAAUAAUAAUGAUAAUUGUACUACAAUUUUUAAUGAUAAUCAAUUAAAUAAUAAAAAUUUAAUUGCAUUUAUAAUAAAUGUUGUUAAAUUAAAAAUAUUUGAUUUAUAUUAUCAUAGGCAUUUUUAUGCAAUAAGAAAAAUUUCAGGACUUUGGUUCCAUUUGGAUUCUUCACUUAGCAAGCCAGUUUUAUUUCCUAGUAACCAAGAUAUAAAUGAUCACCUAAUAAGCAUAUUAAAAAAUAACAAAUUCCGUAAUUCUGAUAAUUAUAUUAUACAAGUCUUUAAAAAAGAAAAGGAUAAUUCCAAUUAA